ACGCCUAUGACAGUUGGUACAUUCCUAUGCCACCUAGAGGAGGAUCCGGCGCAGUUAGCCUUUAUGCGAAUCUAUCAUCAGAUUCCUAUCACUGGGACUGAGUGGGCAAAUCCGGACACACGAGCCCAGCAGGCCGGUAAAGAUCCUGCUGGUCUAGAUAAGAUUUGUGGUGAACGAGAAGCGUUUAAGCUGUUGAUGCGUCAAGGCUGCAACUCCGUUCCACGUUUCCUUGGCUACGACGAAAAGAUACAAGCAGAGAAUGAACUUAUUCCUGGUGGCUAUACUAAGUACCUCGUAUGGGAAAAGGUUCCUGGGGAGUCCCUUACAGAGGAAUUCUUUUGGAGCUUAGAUCGCUCUACACGUGAUGAUAUCCGCGCUAAGUUUCGCGUUGCUUACGAAGAGAUUCUACGAUGCCGUGUAGUGCCACAGAUGUCCAGAAUUUCUAAGAUCAUCUACGAUCAGACUACAGGCAAUGUUCGCAUUUCGGAUUUUCGAAUGGGAUGGCCAAUCCGUUCCAAAUUCCAAUGGUCAGAUACCCGGUACAUGGCGUACGGACUCGCUAAGCGACCAGAAGAGGAUUGGAACUGGCGUCAGCAUCCGGAGAACUGGGAGUUAUGAAAUUUCGAAAAAAUCUGGCAGUCAAUCAGCUUGGAAUCGAUCAAGGAGUGUAUGAAGUAGCGGCUGAGCAGUGACAGAUUAGCUUGAAGGCUCAGAUCCAGGCUAUGCCAAGCAGGGAGAGACUGAAGAGAAUGCAAAAAUCAGCGUUAGACCAUGGUAUCAACUAAGGUCUAAUGUUGGAUUCAUGGCACGGAGGGGAAGUGGUGAAUCAACUGAGGGGCUCAGAAGAAUAAUCCAUAUUCCAAUACCACAAAGAAGAUCCCUAACGGAAGUCGUUGUCUUUGAAUAGGACUGUAUUAGAGACAAUGGGAAGGGCCGCAUAUGUUAU